ACAAUGUCACGAAUGUGUCGGAAACGUGGUCGGAAACUCCCGGAGAUCAACGGAAUUUUUACAACGCGUUGUAACUAUGGAAACAAGAAUAGAAGAAUCGGUGACAUAAAUCGAUCUUACUUAGAGAAAUAGUUGAAUUUUUGGCGAGAUUUUUUGUAAUGGAGGUUGAUUAUAAUUUAGAAACUCAAAUCAAAAACACCAAGGCUUAUCUACUGAAGGAAGAUAGUAAUGGAGAAGGAAAUCUAUAUGAUCACUUAGCAUCUUUAUUUGAGAAGAUUUUGAAAAAAAGACCCGAUAAUGCUUUGAGAAUACUUGAGGAUGCAAGUCGUGAAGAGAAAAGAGCAAAAUUCAAACCACCUCCUGAUGCUUUACAAGAUCAUGAAAAGGAGUCCUCCAAAGUGUUACUGGCUAAAACUCAGUCUGAAUUGUUUAUGCAAAAUCCAAAAAACUUCAUGCGAGACACUGAACUUGAUUCUGAUGAAGAGAUGGAAACUCCACUUCCCAAUAUCAUGGAACUUGCUCAUUACUUCUCUCUUGGUGGUGUAGGAAUAUGUAAAGAAGAGACAUUUAGAGUUUUCUUAGCUUUAAAGAAACUGGUUGAUGACAGUCCAAUACUUAAGUGUCGUUUUUGGGGUAAAAUACUUGGUUUGCAGAAUAAUUACUAUGUAGCUGAAGUAGAAUUUCGUGAAGGUGAAGAUCCAGAACAGCAAUUACCUAAAGAGGGUAAAGAAAGCAUUGAAGCCGAUUCAGAAUCAGAGCAAGUUUUAUCACGAAAAAGUAAUGACAGUUUAAACAUGGAUGAUGUCGAAGAUGAGGAAGAUCAGUUACCAAAAUCCAUGUACAAACCACCCCCUGAAAUCCCAAAUGAAGAUCUUGGCACCGGGUGUAACAAAUAUGUUUAUUUUGUGUGCACGGAACUUGGAACUUCCUGGGUGCAAUUACCUUCCGUGACGCCCGCACAGAUAGUAAUCUCAAGACAAAUAAAAAAAUUCUUUACUGGAAAUCUAAAUUCCCCUAUCACCAGUUAUCCUCCGUUUCCUGGUAGCGAAAGACACUACCUACGAGCUGUAAUCGCUAGGAUAUCAGCAUCAGCUAUCGUUAGUCCUCAGGGAUUUUAUAUGUUUGAAGAAGAUGAAGAUGAAGACGACGAAGGAGUUCGUGAUUCAUUUGUAACGAAUCCUGACUUUGAAGGUCUUAGCGUGGCUGAUUUAAUAGAUCCUUCUUUAACAAACUGGGUCCACCACGUUCAAUACAUAUUGCCACAGGGUCGAUGCUCCUGGUACAACUCGAAUAAGAAAUUCGAGGAAGAAGAAGAAGAAGAGGAGGAAGAAGAGGAAGAAAGAGACGAACCAGAUGAACCUGAACCUGAAGUUGGUCCUCCAUUACUAACACCCCUUUCUGAAGAUACUGAAAUUGAUGGUUUUCCUGCAUGGACAGUGGUAAAAGCCCCCAGUCUUGUCCCGCAACAUUCUGUUGCAAUAUUACACAACAAUCUUUGGCCUGGUGCGCACUGUUUUGCUGUCAACAGAAAGUUUGAAAAUGUUUACGUUGGUUGGGGCCAAAAAUACAGUUCCGAGAACUACAGCCCGCCCGCACCACCCAUUCCUCAGGUGGAAUAUCCAAGUGGACCCGAAAUCACGGAGGUAGAUGAUCCAACCGUUGAAGAAGAGAAUGCAUUGCGAGCUGCACAACAGGAAGCAUUUGAAGAAGCUGAAGAUGAAGAUGAAGACUAUGAUGAUGAUGAAGAUGAUUGAGUAAAUGUAGGAUAACACGAGAGAAGGUAUAUAUAUGUAUAUAAAUAUGGAUGACAUUCAUGUAGGAUGACUGAAGAGAGGUAUAUAUUUGGGUUAAUUACAUACCGUAAAGUCGUAAAGAAUUUUGUCUUUCUAUCAUUAUAUUUUAUAUUCUUUACGAAGACACUUUGAAUAAGCAUCAUUAUGGAAGGGCUUCUUUUUGUAAUGUUCAACAAGAUAAGCAUAUUUUGUUAAAGGCUACUUAUACUUAUAGACAUGAUGUCUGUAACCCCGUACAUCACCAGCAAGCAGUGUAUAGUGUAUAAAUGUCGUCUUUAUCAAAUUUACAUAAAAUGCGUUGUUUCCAAAAAAAACCACUACAUUUCUAGGUUCACAAAACUUACUGAUCAAUCAUUAAAUAGAUAUGUUAGACUAAAUCUUUAAAAAAAUGUCGAAAAACUAUCAAUGUAGCAAUAUUAUAUCAUCAUUUGUCGAGUUUUCGACGUUUUGUA